UAAAGUUUUUGCGGUGGCUCAACAACAAUUAAUUUAUAUUAAAAUACAAAUAAAAGUAAACAAUUGAUAUAAUUUUACAAUUUUCCACAAACAAGAGAAUAAAAUAACAAAAAUGUUAAAAAAUUCUACAAACAUCUUAAGGUGUUGCUGCUACAACUAACUCUAUAAAAUUUUGCUUUCAUUUUACACAAUACAACAAAUAAAGAAAAUUACUAACAACAACGACAAUUAUGACAAUAAUAAAGCCAAAAUAUUAAAAAAAUAUUAAUUUAAACUAAAUAAAUGUUGAUGGUGCUAUACAUUUUGCUACUGCUGUACAAUAACAACAACAACAAUAAUAAUAACAAACAAUUGCACUAACUACCAAUGGCUGCCCCUUCAACAACGGGUUUAGAACUUAAUCAUCAAACCCAACAACAGCAACAUCAACCACAUCAUCAUCAUCAUCAUCAACAACAGCAAACGCUCUUAACAACACAAUUACCCACCACUAGCAGUCAUCAUUUACAUAAUGAACAGCAACAACAACAGCACAAUUAUCAUCUUCAGCAGCAGCAACAACAGCACCUAACAACAACACAGCAACAGCUUCAUCAACAGCAACAUCAACAUCAUUGCAAUUGUUAUUUACCCGUUUUAAAACCCGACGUUUUACUUAAUAAUGAUCGUGGUUUAUUUAAAGUUUAUUGUUUUAUCAAAGAUUUUAUAGGGUAAGUAAGUAUUACCUACCACCCCCCCCCCUCGUCAUAGAUAAAC